AUGCUGGCUCUGUCGUUGCUUUGUCUCACGUUGAUAUACUCGAAUAGCAUCGCUCUCAACUUUACGGUAAUCUGUAUGGACGACGUCAAGUCGGCAUACUACCAGGAGACGGUCAACACCAGCGACGCAACACCGCAUUGGCUCGAGUCCAGUGGGCAUACCAAUGCGCUGUUCUCAGCAAUUGCCAUUGGCUGUUUGAUCGGUACAAUACCAGGACCGUAUCUGAUACAUCGAGGGUACAAUGACACUGUUCGGAGUUCUGUCCACGUUCGCAACGCUAGCUUUUCCUCUUGCCGUGCACUUUGGUUUCGUGACUGUGUUCGUCAUGAGGGUUCUGCAGCAACACCGCAUUGGCUCGAGUCCAGUGGGCAUACCAAUGCGCUGUUCUCAGCAAUUGCCAUUGGCUGUUUGAUCGGUACAAUACCAGGACCGUAUCUGAUACAUCGAGUAGGCGUAUGGGGUACAAUGACACUGUUCGGAGUUCUGUCCACGUUCGCAACGCUAGCUUUUCCUCUUGCCGUGCACUUUGGUUUCGUGACUGUGUUCGUCAUGAGGGUUCUGCAGGGCAUUGGCACGUCACUAUCUUAUCCAGUGACAGGUCUUAUCGCUUCACAAUGGUCAACAACUAAAUCAGCUGGAACUUUCAUUGCUGUGCUGUCAUGUCAUGUGCAAUUCUGCUCCAUUUUUACGAUGCCAGUGUCGGGUGCAUUAUGCGAAACAUCGCUUGGAUGGCCAUCAGUACGUGAAAACGACAGCACUAUGUAUUACAAAUAUUACAAGUCUCAUCGGAAGCGCCCCUCCCCCCACAAUUUGAUUCGCAGCGGAUUAUAA